AUGGACGCUAUCCAAACAAGAAUGGUAAUUUCAGAGUUCGAGAAAAGAAUUAGAAGAGAAGCACAGGAAAAAAUUAACCAAUUUUCCCAACAGCAAUGGAUUUUAUACCAUUUAAGCCAUCCAGACGAUGAACAAUAA